AUGGAGAACACGAAAUAUGGACGAAAUAGAUAUUAUCAAUCUGGUGGUAUGAUGACGUAUCCAGUGGAGUCUUCCGGUAUAGGGAUGCAGGAAGAAGGAUCAAUUAAUUAUGCCCCCUAUACAGACCAAAAAAUAUACUAUGAUAAUUAUGGUAACGCACCCUAUCAAGAACAAGAAAUAUACUAUGAUAAUUAUGGUAAGGCUCCCUAUCCAGAACAAGAAAUGUACUAUGAUAACUAUGGACGAAACAUAUACGAAAAUGGUAUGAACGGAGAAUUUUUACCAGUACCUCCGAUGUCAUACCCUCCAAAUAGCUACCCGAACAAUCGCCCAGUGUUCGCUGAAGAAAACCACAUGUCUAAUGAACAUGUAUCACAUGAAGAACAAAAAACAAUUGACAAUAUAUUUUACAAGUCUCCUAGACCUUCUACGAACUACAGAGUAACAAAAACGGAGACACAUUAUCCUGAGGGUACUGACAAACAGUCAAAGAUACCAACGCUGAAUGCAACGUUAACUGCUAUACCCAUGCACCCAUAUUAA